AUGCUUACGAUGAUGAUCUUCAUCAUAAACACAAUCUUAGUAACAUCAUCACCAUCAAUUCUCCGACCUGGGUUUUACUCAAAAACAUGUCCAAAAGCUGAAACCGUUGUCAGAGAUGUCAUGAAAAAAGCACUUCUUAAAGAACCCAGAAGUCUUGCCUCUGUUAUGCGCUUUCAGUUUCAUGAUUGCUUUGUUAAUGGGUGUGAUGCUUCUAUGUUGCUUGAUGAUACACCAAUGAUGCUUGGAGAGAAAUUGGCCCUUUUAAAUAUAAAUUCUCUAAGAUCAUUUGAGGUUGUUGAUAAGGUUAAAGAGGUUCUUGAGAAGGCUUGUCCUGGAGUUGUUUCUUGUGCUGAUAUCAUAAUCAUGGCUUCUAGAGAUGCUGUAGCACUGACAGGAGGACCUGAUUGGGAAGUGAAGUUAGGAAGAUUGGACAGUUUAACAGCAAGUCAAGAAGACUCAAACAAUAUCAUGCCAAGUCCAAGAGCUAAUGCAACUGCUCUCAUCACCCUCUUUAAAAAAUACAAUCUCUCUGUCAAAGACCUUGUAGCACUUUCAGGAUCUCACUCUAUCGGCCAAGGUCGUUGUUUUUCGAUCAUGUUUAGGCUGUACAAUCAAUCGGGAAGUGGUAAACCCGAUCCGGCCAUUGAUCCACACUUCAGUGAACCUUCUGUAACACAGCUCCUCACCUACUAUGUUCAUAAAACCACGCCACCUACUCCUCCUCCUCCGACGACACCAGAGACGCAGUCGACGGCGCAUGCGGCUACGGCGACGCUCUCAGAGACGGUUACGGCACCUCCGGAGCUUCUCUCAGCGAGACUCUCUUUGUGCACGGCCAGAUCUGUGGCGCAUGUUUUGAGCUUCGCUGUUUUGAGGAGGAUGUUCCGUUUGACCGGCGGUGGUGUGUUUCCGGCAGGUCUAUUGUUGUCACCGCUACGAAUUUCUGUGCUCCGAACUAUGGUUUUGAUGCGGAGAGUGACGAUGGACAUUGUAAUCCUCCUAAGCAGCAUUUCGUGGUUCCGGUUGAAGCUUACGAGAAGAUUGCAAUUUGGAAAAAGGGGAACAUGCCCGUGGGGUAUCGCAUGUACUCACUCUAUUCUUAAUCUUCCUCUUUAUUAUUAG